UUACGCCAUAACCUUAAGAUCACAUUGUUUACGUUGUGUUAACCAAAAAACGUUGAAAAAUAAAUCUUUUUGUUAAAACUACUGUUUAAUUAAACAUUCUUGUACAGUAUAGUCAAUGUCAUUAACUUUAACAAAAAUAUAUAUUCAAUAUAAAAUAUGGAUACGGAAGUAGAAGAAAUAUUUAAAAAUGAAAAUGAAAAUCCAUUAAAAUUCGACAAUAUUUUCUUAACAAAAUCAUUGUUAAAUGCCCUUAAAGACUCUAGCUUUCAAAAGCUAUCACCACUUCAGCAUACCUCUUUACCAUUAGGAAUAAGUGGAUUUGAUUUAAUUAUUAAAGAUCACCCAGGAAAAGGAAGAUUUGUAUUAUAUGCUAUACUUGCUUUAGAGUUAAUUAAAAUAGGUUCAAAUCAUGCUCAGGUUCUAAUCUUAGCUUGUAAAGAAGAAAUACGCAUGAUAAAAGAAGUUAUGAUUAAUUUGGGACAAUAUUUAGAAGGUUUAAAAGUUUCUACAUAUGAUGAAGAAACACAAGAUUAUGAAAAUAUUUUCGAUUGUCACAUAGCAAUAGCUAGUACUAAUAAAAUAAGAAGUUUCAUUGACUCAGGAACAUUACCAACAGAUAAUAUUAGUUUGAUAAUUUUGGAUAAUAGUGAUAAACUUAUGAAUUUUGAUUAUAUACUUUUUGAAGAACUUUUCAAAUUACUUCCUAGUAAAAAGCAAAUUAUUUCACUUGCUUCAGUAUAUUCAGUGGAUUUAGAAGAAUUUCUCAAAAAAUAUAUGAAUCAUCCAUUAGAAAUAAGUCAUGAGAUUGAAUCUUCUGUACUGUUGGGAUUUAGUCACUUUGUUUGUACUAUAAAUCAACCACAAGAUAAUGCUGGGUCAAUAACAGAAGCAAAAACUAUGCAACUGUGCAGUAUUUUAUCAAAAAUUUCAUUUACUCGUUGUAUCAUUUACACUAAUAACGAAAGCAGAGGGGUAUAUAUAAGUAAAACCCUUCAAGAUAAAGGCUGGAAUUCUUUCUAUGCUCCCUUCUUUAUAAAUGAUUCUGAGAUAACAAAGAAAAUUAAAAAAUCCAAAUGUUUGAUUAGCACAACGUGUUUGGAUAUGAGAAAGUUUCAAUGUGAUGUUAAUUUAAUAAUUAAUUAUGAUAUUCCAAUGUGCAGUGCAGCUUAUAUUGAAAGAAUAGGAAAAGUAGUAAAUAAAACAAAAGGAAUUUAUAUCAAUAUGAUCUUGCCUGGUGAAGAGUUAGAUAGGUUUGAACAAAUAUUGGGAGAUAUUGGGGGCCCAGAAAUGUCUGUACCAAUAAUAGAUAUUAAUGAUAGUUUUUUUGAAGAUAUAUGGAAUGUUGAAACUAAUAGUUUGGAUCACAUCUGUGGAAUUACAAAUAUGGGAUCUCAACCGAAAACUGACCAAAAAUUAAAAAAACUUGUCUCUGAUAUUAUAAAAUAUAGACUUGAACAAUGUGAAGAAGACAGUGUAGCAAGUAAAUUGAAGAAUUUAAGUGUUGCCCAUAAAAGUCAUAUUAAUAUCACAAAUGAUAAUGCAAAAUCAUUAGAACUAAAGAAUUAUCUUGAAGAGUUGGCCUCUGGAAAAGACUCUGCUAAACCAAGCAACGAAAACAACAGUACUUCAACCAAUGAUGAUCAAAAUAGUAAGAAAUUACCUGAAUUAAAAACAUUACUUGAAAUUUUUACAUCAGAAAUUAACUUUGAAGAAAAACAAUUAGAUAAUAAAGAAGAAAUGAAAAAUACAAGUAUGAACAAUUUAUUACAAAAUUUAGCUUUGGGAAACAUGAAACAACAAGAUGAUGCAUUACAUAUUAGCAACAAAAAUGAUGAUGACAUUUUAAUACGAAAUGUAGCACUUUUGAAUGUUGCAAAAUUGAUUACAAAUUCUGAUAAUCUGCAAGAAGAAAAAAUUUCAAAGGAUAUUACGCAACCACUUAACGGCUACUUAAAUUAUUUAAAGAAAACCGAAGUAUCGUCUAUAAGCAUAGAAUCUGACUCAGAAGUUUCAGUUUCUAAUGAGCAAAAUUAUGCAAACAGUCAUAAAAAAGAAGAAGAUAAUAACUUUCACUUAAAAGAUAUUUUUAAAAUUGGUUACGAUUUCCUAAUUAAACCAAUUUCUUCCCUGAAAACCACUGGUGAAUCCAGAAAUGGCUUAGAAACGCAACCUUCAAAAUGCAAAGAACUCAUGUCAGAAGUAGUCGAUAAUAAACCAGAUCAGUUUGACCAAUUUAAUGAUUUAAACUUACAAUUAGUAAAUGAAAAUAAAAUUCCUGCUAAAGCAGACAAGAGAAAAACAAGGUCACAGAAAAAUAAAAAUAGAAACUCAAAAAGAAGUAAAUUUUGUGAAGAAUACGCUGACAAUGAAAAUAAUGACGUUCAACGAGAAUUAACUGCAUGUAAAGAAGAAAGCUUAACAAUACAGGAGAGUGUGGAAGUCAAUGAAGAAAUUUAUACAUUAUCAGAUACAAGAAAUUCCAUUAACCAAGUAGCCGAGUCAUAUUUUGAUUAUUACAGUAACAUUCUGUGGAAUGAUGGAUUAACUUUCGAUGAUGUUUCUAGUUUUGAUAAUUGGUUUGCACAAUGGCAAGCUCAAGUACAUUGUGUAAGAGAAUAUGUUCAGCAAAGAAUAUACCUUGAUGAAAUGAAUGCAUUACAACAAAAUCAAUAAUUAAUUAUGUAUAAUAUAUAUUUUAAUAAUUAA